AGCAAACGUCAUCGUUUGUGAAUCUGAUGUAUGUUACUGCUCCUCCUGCCCCUCGCAAACAAAACCUCUGCAAGUGCGUAAAGCGUUUUUAAAUUUUUUUGUUCUUAUUAUUCUCCGUUUUCGGUUGCUUUGCGUCGCGUCUCGCCAAAAUCAGCAACGUGUAAAACAGAAAGAAAAAAAAAAAACAACAGAAACAAGAGAACACAAAAUACACUCGAAACGAGAGUGAAAAUACUCAGGAUUCCCAAGACAAAAACAAACAAAUCACCGCUCACAUGUAAUCAUAACCAUUUCUUGAAUUCCGAGUCCAAACGGCGCCAUUUUUCUUCAACCUACAUUCUCAUCUUUGGUUUAUUUUUUAAAAAUUACCAACGAUUCUUUCCUUCAGUAUCAUAUGGUCAUGAGUGAUCUUGGAGUUUGUCCCGCGCCGAGUAACAACGGCAUAGUGUUGAUAGAAAAUCGUCUUUCUACUACAACGUCGUCGUUUCAGUCAUUUCCUGCCGUUUCAAACUCAAUUUCGGAACAAAAUUGGGAAAUUGCAGAACGAAGAACGGAUGAAAUUCUUUGUUUAAUUAGACCGACUCUGGUUUCAGACAACAACAGAAGAGAAGUCAUCAAUUACGUUCAUGAUUUGAUCACUGCGUCUCUCGGCUGUGAGGUUUUCCCGUACGGUUCGGUACCGUUGAAGACGUAUUUACCAGAUGGUGAUAUUGAUCUGACGGCUAUUAGCAGCCCUAAUGUUGAGGAGAGUUUGGUGGCUGAUAUUCAUGCGGUCCUUAAAGGAGAAGAACUUAACAAGUGUUCUCAGUUUGAAGUGAAGGAUGUUCAUUGCAUUGAUGCUGAGGUUAAGCUUUUGAAAUGCCUUGUGCAAAAUAUUGUUGUAGACAUAUCCUUCAAUCAGUUGGGAGGACUUUGUACGCUGUGUUUCCUUGAACAGGUUGAUGGUCUCGUUGGCAAAAAUCAUCUCUUUAAGUGUAGCAUUAUUCUGAUCAAAGCUUGGUGUUAUUAUGAAAGUAGAAUUCUUGGUGCUCAUCAUGGUUUGAUUUCAACUUACGCUUUAGAAACGUUGGUCCUGUGUAUCUUCCAUCUAUUUCAUUCUUCUUUAGAUGGCCCUUUGGCAGUCCUCUAUCAAUUUUUGGAUUACUUCAGCAAAUUUGAUUGGGAGAAUUAUUGUGUUAGUUUAAAUGGCCCAGUUUGCAAAUCUUCCCUAGAUGUAGCAGCAGCCAAAGAAGUACCGGAAAGCGGGAUAGACAAUUUAUUGCUAAGUGAAGAAUUUCUGCAAGAAUGUGCUGACAAGUUCUCUGUUCCAUCAAGGGGGCGUGAGACAAAUACUCGAGCAUUUCCUCAAAAGCAUCUUAAUAUAAUAGAUGCUUUAAAAGAAAACAAUAAUCUUGGGCGGAGUGUCAACAGAGGUAAUUUCUAUAGAAUAUGCAGUGCUUUUAAAUACGGAGCUCGUAAGCUGGGCCAAAUUCUAUUGUUGCCACAUGAAAGAUUAGUGGAUGAACUCAACAAGUUCUUUGCAAACACUUUGGAGAGACAUGAAAAUCAAUGUUGGACUGAUGGUCAAGAUGGUUUUAGCAGUAAUGAUGAUUUAUCUUUAAUUCAACAUUCUGAAACAUGCUGUGAAGAUAGUAAGAUUUUGACAUCACUGACUCCUGAUUACAGAAAUAAGAUUACAAGAUUUAGAAAUGAUUCAAGCAGAGACUUGUUGAAAGUGAUCCCCUCUGCUUAUAAAGAAAAAGUGGAUUCCUCUCAGGUUGUACCAGAAUUGAAUUGUACUUUAGAUAGAAACAGUGUGUCAGGGAGGCAUCUUGCUGAGGAAGCUAAAGGUGUGGCCAUUGAAAUUUUGUCCUCUAAAAAUAGAAAUGAUUUAUCUAGUUCUUUGCCUUUGAAUAGCUACAUUGGCAUUUCACUUUUGGGGAAAUCUCAACCUGCACUAGCCCUUUGCAACGAAAAGAUUGACAAUGGGAAUCUUCAUGGAAGAAUACCGUUAAAAUCUGUUCAUAUUGAUGAUAUGAGUUUUGCUCUAUGGUCUGAAUCCAAAGAGAACACUUUAGCGACAAGCAGUUCAUUCUGUUUGUAUGGUAAUCGUGAGAGUAUAGUCCCAAAAAAAUUGUCACUUUUGACUCCUGUUCCUAAUGUCUUGGUGAAUUCAUCUUCUGCCUUAAGAGAGCAAAAUCUGACAAGUAUUUUAGGGAGCUCUGAACGUUCAAAAUGCUUAUUAGAUCUCAGUGGAAACUAUGAGAGCUACUUCAGUAGCUUGCUAUAUGGCAAAUGUUACUAUUUGUCUGCCGCUGUAUUGCUCAAUCCUCGCAUAUCACAUCAGUCACAGCAUAAGAGUCUCCAGGAAACUGUAUGGCAAUCUCUACAGUUGGAGCCUGAGGCUUAUUCCAAAAUGAGCAGAAAUGGUGAUUUGGGGCAUCAAUUUUACCCCUUGAAUCCUUCUAUGCCAUCGAACUUUGCUUUUAGUUCAGGUGAAAAGAAAAAGUCCCGAGGAACAGGCACUUACUUUCCUAACAUGAAUUAUCUUUCAAAUAGGGAUAGGCUAUUGUCAGGGAGGGAAAGGUCUCAGGCACGUGGGAAUCAUGGUCAGUUGCAAAGAUAUAGAAAUGGCUUGGUAUCAGCUCCUACAAAGAUGAAUUUGCGUGGAGAAUCUCAGGAAGAGUUUCCAGUUCUGGGCAAUGGGAAGGCCAAAUUCUCAGAUUCUUACCAACCUCGCCCAUCUGUUUGGGUUUCUUCCAAUGCCAACGAUAUCUCCCACCCAUUAGAGAGACAUGAAUCUCCUUCACAUGGCCACCAGCUUAGAGAAGUGACCUUGCCGGAAGCAAGGACACAACCAGAUUCAGACACUUCUCAGUGUGACUCUUCUUCAAGCCCUGUGGUUCCUAAAUCACAAUGUCCUAACUUGUCCAUCAAAAGUAGUCAGGACAGGGUUAAAGAGCAAUCAUAUCAUCUGAAAAAUGAAGUUGAUUUUCCUCCUCUGUCCCUCCUAAGGAUGGUGAAAAUAUAGAAGAUGAAUAGACUCAGCAUAACUCCAGCUGCUAACAACUUGCUCAAGCUUUUGAGGAGAUGUUAUUUUAUUUUAUUUUUUUUGUAUAGUCUUCUGGUUACUCUCCGUCAUUUUAGAUCAAAGACUUAAUCAGGCAUUCAUUGAGUGGAUGUACAUAGUAGCUGAUGAUUGCCUGGAUUGUUGUGGACAUAUCGAAUACCUGAAA